CAAAAUAGGGAGAAAUAGCAAAAUCCAUACUGCCAGGACAGAACCUUUGACGAAAAGUUAUUCCAAUCAGGAUAUGGUAAGAGAUAACAGACAGAAGGACAUAAAAACAACUCCUAUUAUUACAACAUCAGCACGGUCGUCUACCGUUAAAUCACAUUCAUCACACUCGACAACAUUGGAACCUCCUUCUAGUUCCAUACAAUCAGAAUCAUUGUUAACAUCAACUUCUGUGAGUAUAGUGAGCUCAACGAGACUUCACAGUUCUCAGAGUUAUACUUCUUUGUUAAAUUCUACUAGUACUAUGACAACUAGCUCAACUAGCAACUCGGAGAUACAUACCUCAGAAAGUAGUACAGGUAGAAUGACAUCCACGGGACAUAUCUCUUCAGAAUCACAUAGGACGCCGCCUGUUGCUCUUAAAAACGGAAAUAAAGUAAUUCAUAAUGAACUAAAUGCGUCAGAUGAUUUUGUACCAGUUCUUAUUAAAACCAAAGAUACGAUAAUGAAAAUAAAAGCCGAUAUUAAGGCACCAAAAGGUGUAAAUACAAGUAGUGCCAGUUACGAAAGUUAUAACAAGGUUCACAGAGCAAGAAUUGAACAAAUAAAACAUGUUUGUAGUGACAAACAUUUGUUUGAGAAUACAAUGUUGAAAGGUCAUUCAAAGAUUAUAUUUUAUAAGUCAGAAAAUUACAAUUUCUCUUACUGCAAAGUACCGAAAAGCGGAAGCACGUUCUGGACAAGGGCCUUUGGAAUAUUGAAACGUGGUUUGAGUUACGGUAAUUUCAUUUUCAAAUUAUCAAGGCGAAAUGUUCACAACACUAUGCUACAAUAUAUGACAGAUGUUCAGAAUGUUAUAAAUGAAAAAUCUAGAACAAUCCUAGUGUCACGUGACCCAUAUUCACGCUUAUUCUCAGCCUAUGUAGAUAAAUCAUAUCUUCUCUUGAUGAAAAGUUUAAAUUUUCAGAUACGCCACAUACAGGAAGAUUAUGAUAUAACUAACAUUUCUACCUGUCCGACUGAUGUUACAUUUCAGGAGUUUUUGGACUGGAUAAUAUCUGAAGCAAGACAAGGUAAAACAUUAGAUCGACAUUGGUCACCGGUUUACUCUCUCUGUCGGCCAUGCGAAAUUAAUUCGUUUAUUCUUGUAAAGCAGGAAUCAUUUGCCAAGGAUGUUGAGUUUGCAUUGCAGCAGGUUGGAGUUGAAAAAGACAAGUUUGAUUAUAUCAAUCAAGCGCUCCAUGACCAUAGGGCUGAAUUAAGUCUUCCAGGAAUCAUUGAUACAUUGUUUCUUACAGCUAGUAAUCUGGUAACUAGAAAAUGUCUUGGCUAUUUAAAGUUUUCAAAACGUGUUUGGGUAUCACUUCAAAUUCAAGGGUUUAUCGAUAAACAAAUAGAUUUUCCUAAUGACAAAAUCAACGAAACUAUGUUUGCGAAUAGUAAAAACCUUACAGAGAUUGUUUUACAAACACUGCGAGACUUUCCAUUGAGCUCUAGUCAGAGUCAGCAUCAGCGAUAUGAAUAUCUUUAUCAGGCAUAUCAAACAAUUAAACCUGAAACUAUAAAAGAUAUACAAGAACUUUAUAUACACGACUUUGUACUCUUUGGAUAUAAUACUGAACCACCAACAAAAUAUUUUGAUACCAAAUGGUAUUAUCAAUAAAAAA